AUGCCACCAACCACCACAGUGCCACCUACAACAGAACCACUGACAACUGUGCCACCAACCACCACAGUGCCACCAAUAACAGAUCCACCGACAACUGUGCCACCAAUCACCACAGUGCCAUCAACCUCAGAACCACCGACAACUUUUGCCACCAACAACAGAACCACUGUCAACUGUGCUACCAUCCAGCACAGUGCCACUAAUAACUGUGCCACCAACCACCACAGUGCCACCAACAACAGAACCAACGACAACUGUGCCAACCACCACUUGCCACCAACAUCAGAAACGCCGACAACUCUGCCACCAACAAGCACAGUGCCACCAACAGAACCGUCGAUAACUGUGCCACCAACCACCACAGUUCCACGAACAGACUUGCAGUCAACUGUGCUACCAACCAGUACAGUGCUACCGACAGAAUCAACCACAGUACUUCCAACAUCUGUAAAACAAGAAACUACACAAAAUGCUUUAUCAGAACUGCAGCAGAAAAAAGCACAGUUACUUCAAGAAAUUGAAAGACUCGAGAACCAGAUUGCUGCCUCCAACGCCACUCUCACAGCUCUGCAAAACACCAAUGAAGCCCUGCAACGAGUCAUUGAAGCCAUCGAGGAAGCCGCUGGCAAUUCCGGAAGGAAGCGCCGAUCGCUUACUUACUCUAUCGAUCAAGAUGGCGACACUGUCACGGUCGAUCCAUAUUGUGAGGUAAAUCAGGACAAUGCCGUGACUGGCAACCCAACAGAUCUGCUUCUUACAAUGAUCAAUGAUCUCUCCACCAAGCUGUCCAACCUCACAACCGACCAAAUCACUUGCUUCAAUCAACUCAUUGAUAAUUUCGCCACACUCAUAGAGAAUGGAACCUUCGUUAUCGAUUCGACUGUAUUAGAUAACAUCACGACCGCGGUAGAAGCAGCAAGCAGUGUCGUGGGAGACCAAGUCCAAUCAGUUCAACUGCUCGUCAAUAUUUUGCAAGAACAAAAACAAAAUAAAACGGAUGAGCUUGACCAAGUGGAGAGCCAAAUAGCAGCAACAACAGUGCCACCAGCAACAGACUCACCAUCCACUUCAACUGUGCCACCAACCACCACAGUGCCACCAACCACCACAGUGUCACCAAAAACAGACUCACCUGCCACCAACCUCCUCAGUACCAUCAACCACCACAUUGCCACCAACCACCACAGUUCCACCAACCACCAUAGUGCCACAAACCACCAUGCUGCCACCAACAACAGAAUCACGGUCAACUGUGUCACCAACCCCCACAGUGCCAACAACAACAGAACCGUCACCAACUGUGCCACCAACCACCACAGUGCCACUUACAACAGACUCACCGGCAACUGUGCCAAAAACCACCACAUGCCACCAACCACCACAGUGUCGCCAACCACCAUAGUGCCACCAACAACAGAUUCACCGCACAGUGCCACCAACCACCACAGUGCCACCAACAACAGAUUCACCGGCAACUGUGCCACCAACCACCACAGUGCCACCAACAACAGAUUCACCGGCAACUUUGCCACCAACCACCACAGUGCCACCAGCAACAGAAUCACCGUCAACUAUGCCACCAACCACCACAGUGCCAUCAACAAGAACAGUAGCACCAACAACAAACUCACCGUCAACUGUGCCACCAACCACCACAGUGCCACCAACAACAGAAUCACUGACAACUGUUCCACCAACCACCACAUGCCACUUACAACAGACUCACCGUCAACUGUGCCACCAACCACCACAGUGACACCAACCACCACAGUGACACCAGCAACAAAACCACCAACAACUCACAGUGCCACCACCAACAGAAUCACCGUCAACUGUGCCACCAACCACCACAGUGCCACCAACCACCACAUUCCCACCACCAACAGAAUCACCGACAACUUGCCACCACCAACAGAAUCACCGUCAACUGCGCCACCAACCACCACAGUGCCACCAACCACCACAUUGCCACCACCAACAGAAUCACCGACAACUCACAGUGCCACCAACCACCACAUUGCCACCACCAACAGAAUCACCGACAACUGUGCCACCAACCAGCACAGUGCCACGAACCACCACAUUGCCACCAACAACAGAAUCACCUGCCUCCAACAACAGACUUACCGUCAACUGUGCCACAAACGACUACAUGCCACCAACAACAGAAUCACCGUCAACUGUGCUACCAACGACCACAGUGCCUCCAACAACAGACUCACCGUCAACUUGCCACCCAACAACAGACUCACCGUCAACUGUGCCACCAACGACCACAGUGCCACCAACAACAGACUCACCGUUAACUGUGCCACCAACUACCACAUUCACAGUGCCACCAACAACAGACUCACCGUCAACUGUGCCACUAACCAGAACAGUGCCACCAACCUCCACAUGCCACCACCAACAGAAUCACCGAUAACUGUGCCACCAACCACCACAGUGCCACUGACAACAGACUCACCGUCAACUGUGCCACUGACAACAGACUCACCAAUCACCUUCAACUGUGCCACGAACUACCACAAUGCCACCAACCACCACAGUGCCACCAGCAACAGAACCACCAUCAACUGUGCCACCUACCACCACAGUGCCACCAACCACCACAGUGCCACCAGCGACAGAAUCACCAUCAACUGUGCCACCUACCACCACAGUGCCACCACCAACAGAAUCACCGUCAACUGCGCCACAAACCAAAACAGUGCCACCAGCAUCAGAAUCACCGUCAACUUGCCACCAACAACAGAAUCGCCAUCAACUAUGCCACCAACCACCACAGUGCCACCAAUAACAGAAUCACCGUCAACUGUGCCACCAACCACCACAGUGCCACCAACAACAGAAUCACCGUCAACUGUGCCACCAACCAGCACAAUACCACUAACCACUGACCAACAAAAGUCUACUGAUCUACAAACAGCCUCAGAGAUACCAUCUACCACAGGUUCACAGUCAACCAAUAACCCACCAGCUUCUGUUCAACUGUCAACCACUGCAGGACAGUCAGCGACCAUUUCGCAGACGGUCACAACAUUACUGAUAGCAAAUGAAAACAACACUGAGACACCAACAGCAACCACAGUGUCCCCAACAACGACACCCCAGCUGACAACCCCUAAGGCACCAACAACCACAGAAUCACCAACAACUAAACCAGCCACUUUAUCGGCGUUGGAAAAAAGACGGGCAGAGUUAUUACAGGAAAUCGAAGACCUGGAAAACCAAAUUGCUGCCACCAACGCCUCCGUCACUGCUCUCCAGGAGACACAGGCGGCGCUGCAGAAGGUCACCGAGGCCAUAGAACAAGCCACAGGCAACUCUGGAAGGAAGCGACGGUCGCUGACUUACUCCAUCAACCACGGCGACGACGCCGUCACGGUCGAUCCCUAUUGUGAGGUCAAUGAAGCCGAUGCCUUGACAGGCGAUCCAGCAGAAGUACUUCUUACAAUGAUCAACGAUCUCUCUGCCAAGAUGUCCAAUCUCACGGCUCACCAAAUAAGCUGCUUCAGCCAGCUCAUCAGUAAUUUUGCAACAUUCAUAGCAAACGGAACCUUCGUUAUUGACUCCAACUUGAUCGAUAACAUCACGGCUGCUGCAGAAGAUGCAAGCAGCGUCGUGGGAGACCAAAUUCAAGUCACCAGAUACAACCACAGCGCUACUUACAACCACAGCGUCACCAACGACUACAGCACAACUAUUAACCAAAACAACAACCAACAUGCCACCUAUUACCAUAUCACAACCAAUUACAACAGUGCCACUACGAACCACAGUCCAAAAACAGAGCCACUAACCACUGAAUCAUUGACAACUACAGUUCCGCCUACAACAGCUAGACCAUACCAACAACAUUUACCGGGCCACCAACAAACCACUAAGAAACCAGUAACCAUGGCAUCACAUACCACUGAACUACCAACAUCCACAACAUCGCAAACCACUGAAGUACCAACAGCCACUAAGAAAUCAAUAACUACAUCACAGAUCAAUGAACUACCUAUAAUCACUGCACAACUAACAACCACAUUACAGCCUAAGCAACAACCACUGUGCCACAAACAACCUUGGGACCAACAGCAACCGCAGUGCCAUCAGCCACUGAGCAACCACAAUGCUAACAACCACUACACAGUACCAAGUCUGCUACCAGCAACCACAUUUGGAUCAGGCUACCACAGUGCCUGCAAGAACCUUGGCACCAUCAACAACCGAGGAACAGGAAUCCACAGUGCCAGCAACAACCUUGGCACCAUCAACAACCGAGAAACAGGAAACCACAGUGUCAGCAACAACUUUGGCACCAUCAACAACCGAGGAACAGGAAACCACAGUGCCAGCAACAACCUUGGCACCAUCAACAACCUUGGCACCAUCAACAACCGAGAAACAGGAAUCCACAGUGCCAGCAACAACCUUGGCACCAUCAACAACCGAGAAACAGGAAACCACAGUGCCAGCAACAACCUUGGCACCAUCAACAACCGAGGAACAGGAAACCACAGUGCCAGCAACAACCUUGGCACCAUCAACAACCUUGGCACCAUCAACAACCGAGAAACAGGAAACCACAGUGCCAGCAACAACCUUGGCACCAUCAACAACCGAGAAACAGGAAACCACAGUGCCAGCAACAACCUUGGCACCAUCAACAACCGAGGAACAGGAAACCACAGUGCCAGCAACAACCUUGGCACCAUCAACAACCGAGAAACAGGAAACCACAGUGUCAGCAACAACUUUGGCACCAUCAACAACCGAGGAACAGGAAACCACAGUGCCAGCAACAACCUUGGCACCAUCAACAACCUUGGCACCAUCAACAACCGAGAAACAGGAAACCACAGUGCCAGCAACAACCUUGCCACCAUCAACAACCGAGAAACAGGAAACCACAGUGCCAGCAACAACCUUGGCACCAUCAACAACCGAGGAACAGGAAACCACAGUGCCACCAACAACCUUGGCACCAUCAACAACCGAGAAACAGGAAACCACAGUGCCAGCAACAACCUUGGCACCAUCAACAACCGAGGAACAGGAAACCACAGUGCCACCAACAUUGGCACCAUCAACAACCGAGGAACAGGAAACCACAGUGCCACCAACAACAUUGGCACCAUCAACAACCGAGAAACAGGAAACCACAGUGCCAGCAACAACCUUGGCACCAUCAACAACCGAGGAACAGGAAACCACAGUGCCAACAACAACCUUGGCACCAUCAACAACCGAGGAACAGGAAACCACAGUGCCAGAAACAACCUUGGCACCAUUAACAACCGAGAAGAAGGAAACCACAGUGCCAGCAACAACCUUGGCACCAUCAACAACCGAGAAGCAGGAAACCACAGUGCCAGCAACAACCUUGGCACCAUCAACAACCUUGGCACCAUCAACAACCGAGAAACAGGAAACCACAGUGCCAGCAACAACCUUGGCACCAUCAACAACCUUGGCACCAUCAACAACCGAGAAACAAGAAACCACAGUGCCACCAACAACCGAGAAACAGGAAACCACAGUGCCACCAACAACCUUGGCACCAUCAACAGCCGAGGAACAGGAAUCCACAGUGCCAAAAACCUUGGCACCAUCAACAACAGAGGAACAGGAAACCACAGUGCCAGCAACAACCUUGGCACCAUCAACAACCUUGGCACCAUCAACAACCGAGAAACAGGAAACCACAGUGCCAGCAACAACCUUGGCACCAUCAACAAGCGAGGAACAGGAAACCACAGUGCCAGCAACAACCUUGGCACCAUCAACAACCUUGGCACCAUCAACAACCGAGGAACAGGAAUCCACAGUGCCAAAAACCUUGGCACCAUCAACAGCAGAGGAACAGGAAACCACAGUGCCAGCAACAACCUUGGCACAAUCAACAACCUUGGCACCAUCAACAACCGAGAAACAGGAAACCACAGUGCCAGCAACAACCUUGGCACCAUCAACAACCUUAGCACCAUCAACAACCGAGGAACAGGAAUCCACAGUGCCAAAAACCUUGGCACCAUCAACAACCGAGGAACAGGAAACCACAGUGCCAGCAACAACCUUGGCACCAUCAACAACCUUGGCACCAUCAACAGCCGAGGAACAGGAAUCCACAGUGCCAACAACCUUAGCACCAUCAACAGCCGAGGGACAGGAAUCCACAGUGCCAACGACCUUGGCACCAUCAACAGCAGAGGGACAGGAAACCACAGUGCCACCAACAACCUUGGCACCAUCAACAGCCGAGGAACAGGAAUCCACAGUGCCAACAACCUUGGCACCAUCAACAGCCGAGGGACAGGAAUCCACAGUGCCAACGACCUUGGCACCAUCAACAGCAGAGGGACAGGAAACCACAGUGCCAGCAACAACCUUGGCACCAUCAACAGCCGAGGGACAGGAAUCCACAGUGCCAACGACCUUUGCACCACCAACAGCAGAGGGACAGGAAACCACAGAGCCAGCAACAACCUUGGCACCAUCAACAACCGAGGAACAGGAAUCCACAGUGCCAAAAACCUUGGCACCAUCAACAGCCGAAGGACAGGAAACCACAGAGCCAGCAACAACCUUGGCACCAUCAACAACCGAGGAACAGAAAUACACAGUGCCAACAACCUUGGCACCAUCAACAGCCGAAGGACAGGAAACCACAGUGCCAACAACCUUAGCACCAUCAACAACCGAGAAACAGGAAACCCCAGUGCCACCAACAACCUUGACACCAUCAACAACCAUGCAACCAACAACCGAGGAACAGGAAACCACAGUGCCAGCAACAUCCUUGGCACCAUCAACAACCGAGCAACCACAUCAACACAAGUUGUAAACCAACAAACAACUACAUUGCCACCAUCAACUACAAGUCCUUCGUCAGACACAGUGUCACCAACAUCAGUGCCACCAUCAACCACACUGUUACCAACAAACACAGCAGAACAAACCACUCCCUUACCUACAACCACGAUAUCGCUAGUCACUGAGCCCACGACUACUCUGCUGACAACAAGCAUUCAACCACCAACAACCAAAGUGAUGCCCACUAACUCACCAUCAAUCACAGCUUUGCCGAUAGCAACGGAAACACAACCAAAUACUGAGACACCAACAACCACAGAAUCACCAGCCACUUUAUCGGCGUUGGAAAAAAGACGGGCAGAGUUAUUACAGGAAAUCGAAGACCUGGAAAACCAAAUUGCUGCCACCAACGCCUCCGUCACUGCUCUCCAGGAGACACAGGCGGCGCUGCAGAAGGUCACCGAGGCCAUAGAACAAGCCACAGGCAACUCUGGAAGGAAGCGACGGUCGCUGACUUACUCCAUCAACCACGGCGACGACGCCGUCACGGUCGAUCCCUAUUGUGAGGUCAAUGAAGCCGAUGCCUUGACAGGCGAUCCAGCAGAAGUACUUCUUACAAUGAUCGACGAUCUCUCUGCCAAGAUGUCCAAUCUCACGGCUCACCAAAUAAGCUGCUUCAGCCAGCUCAUCAGUAAUUUUGCAACAUUCAUAGCAAACGGAACCUUCGUUAUUGACUCCAGCUUGAUCGAUAACAUCACGGCUGCUGUAGAAGAUGCAAGCAGCGUCGCGGGAGAUCAAAUUCAGUCUUUGCAAUCACUCAUUAACAGCUUGCAAGCACAAAAAGAAAACGUAACAGCAGAGCUUGCACAACUCGAAAGUCAACUAUUAUCAACAGUACCCAUCUGGCUCAUACAAGAAAGGAUAAACGAAUUACGUGAAACACAAGAAUUACCAUCGACUACCCCCGAGAUAACCGAAACAACCAGUGCCCUGCUAACAACCAUUCAGCCACCAACAACCACUGAGCCGCCAGCAACCCCUGAGCCGCCAACAACCACUCAACCUCCUGCAACUAUCAUGCCACCAACCACCACUGAACCUAUAGAUAUACCCACUACCGAAAUACCGGUUAUUCCUGAUAUAUCAAAACGUCCAAAGGCUAGAAAGAUCUACCUGCUUAUCCAACAAAUCGUUAAAACCUAG